CAGUUCAUUUUUCCACUGCAGGAUUUUCUCCCAGCUCUUACAAAGACUUUCGUUGAAAUUUAAGUUUUCCAACGCUGUGUGAAAGGUGUAACGGUACCGUUGGUUAUCUGAUGAUAACUGACCAGUGCAUGGACUAUUUUGCAGGCCUACUCUGGUGAUCGAAACUACUCUGUAUAUAAUAUUGAUACAGGAAAAAGUAAUUAGCUGCAUAUUAAGCUGGAAACGGUAUUACAUUGGUCGCUAUUGCAACAUGGCUUUGAAAAGAUUGGCUUUCCAGCGAUACUUCCCUUGGCUUUUCGGUGUAGUAUUAUGUGGAUAUAUCAGCCUAUCGCUGCAAGAUGACGGCAUCAUGAUGGCAUCAUCCCUUGAAGCUACUUCUUUGCCAGGACUCCAGGGACCUUGUAUGGUUCCGGACAACAACGGAAAGCGUAGUUUUGGAUUUUGUUUUGCCGACAGCAUUGCAACCGGAUUGUGUGGAUCAGUUUUGAAUCUGGACACCCGUCCGGGAAACUGUUCGGCUAAUCAUCAGUGCUGUUUUGUCAAGCACCAGAACGAUCUCACUGUCAGCAACUCUAACAAUGUUAUGCUCAUAAAUAAAGAUAUCCCUCAGCUGCCAACUUCUGCCGCAGAAUCGGCUGAAAUUGUCCCUACUUGUGGAAUAUCCAAAAGUGGUCUCAAUCGUAAAAUGAAUCAGAAUAUUGUGGAUCCGACAGCGCAACCGGUGAUGCUGAUGAUACGCUCGGGCGAGCAGGUGCUCACCAACAACAGGAAAAAACGUACAGCAUGGCAAAGAGCGCGGCAAGCUAAAAUCUUGGGUGGCACCCCAGUAUCAGAUUCCACAUACUGCUCGAUCGCUGCCAUAACUGCGGACCAACGUUACGUAGCCGUUGGAAGCUUGAUCGCGCCACAAUGGGUGCUUACGAGUGCUACAAUUAUGAGCCGAUACAUUAUCCCAUCACAGCUGGGAGGUAGCCCACCUAAAAUUGUCGUAUACUUGGGUUACAACGAUUUAUCCCAAGUGAAUAAUCCGCCCAUAGAUAUGAGAGUCAUGAAAAACCGCAGAUAUUCCGUUAGCAGCGUAAUUGUCCAUCCGGAAUUCCAGAUGAACUCUCCAGGUUAUCCUGUGAAUGAUGCUGCUUUGCUACGGCUGGAACGGGCAGUGGAUUUUAACCUGGAACCCGAUCUGUGUACGGCUUGCUUGCCUACGUCGGAAUCGGAAGUCAACGCUUUUUCUACAAAACGCUGCAUGGUCACAGGUUAUGGAGUGACCGCUGAAAAUGACACUCAGGUCGAUGGAAUUCUCCGUACAGUAGAUGUCCCUUUACUCAGCAACGCAUAUUGCCAAAUGGCUUACCAGAAUGCAUUGCGUCUACCAACCUUUCGCCUAGAUCGAGCUAACAUCUGCGCUGGAGCAGAAGGCGGAAGAGAUACUUGUUCCCGCGAUGGAGGUGCUCCACUAACUUGUGGAGUUUCAUCUGGAUCUCCUGUAUUAGUAGGAGUGUCGAGUUGGGGAUAUCACUGUGGCCGAAGCGGAGUUCCAUCUGUAUAUACCGACCUAUCCGCAGUGUUGGAGUGGAUAAAGUCCAGAUUAAGUUCUAUAAGUUCGGAAAAAUCCGCGCUAUAAUUUUUUAAUUUGAUUUUGCCACAAAAUGCAGUAACAUUAUUUGUGAAACUAUUGCGCUAUCAGUAUAACAAUUUACUAGUGCGCAUUCGCUAACUCAGAUGCGUACUAAUAAAAUACAAAAUUCCUG